AACGCAAUUCAAACGCGGGCACUUUAUCUCCGCGAGACUGAUCGGGUUAAUAGCCUACCAGUAUUGACUAUUAUUAUGUCAAUUAAUAGCUAAUCGAAUUCUGGGAAACCGGAAGUUACACACAUUAUCGGCUAUUCUGAAAUGAAUGAAAGGUAAAAUGUUUGUAGGACAAGGGCAGAAAAUUUGUAAGACCUGGACGGGUGUCGCUCUCUGAAGAUGCCGAUAGAGUGCACCAUCUGCCUGCAGGAGAGACCCGAGCAUUUAUUUCACCUCACUGCACAUUAUUUCAGCCCGUAUGAGCCCCAACGAGGACAGCGCGUUUUUUUCCGACAACGGAAAUAUAUCUAACCCAAAUCACAUAAGACUGUAGAUCGAGGCCGGAACAAAUCUAUUUGGAAGCAACCACUUCAGUGUCUGUAAAAGCUCCGGUGGAUCUGAAGACUUACUAGGGGCCUCGUCACAGAUGCUAUGGUGUGAACACUGUGGUACUUCUGAAGCGGGUUCAGGAUGAUGUGUUCCGUGCAAUCAUUUUGGAGGGUCAAUUUGUUAUUCUGUCUGGGACUAUUUCUGCACUGUGGAGAAGCCAGAGUGCACACUGAAGUACAGGCUGGGCCUCUGUAUCGUGUGGUGGGUUCUUUGCUCUCCAUCACCUGCAAUGUGAGUGGCUUUGCCAGUGCUAGCACCAGAAAAGAAUUUGAAUUCUGUAUUAACAAGCCUUCAAAUCCCACUUUUGAAAUUAACAUCAUCAGCACCAGUGACCAAAGCUUCAGCUUUGCUAUGUAUGGCAGCCGUGUGAGAACUGGGGAAAUUACUCUGAAACAUGUUUCUUCAAACUCAGUCGUCUUUGAGAUACAAAGCCUAGAAAAACAUGAUGAAGGGGAAUAUGAAUGUUCUGUAAUCAACACAGAACAGAUUUAUAAUGGAAUCUAUAGUGCUAAAACAACAGUGAAAGUGAUUGACAACUCCCUAAGCGUUUCAUCACCUUCGUCCACCUCACUGAGCUAUAAUGAGGACGAUGCUCUCACUUUAACAUGCCAAGCCUCCACUAACACCAUCCAGCACACCCAUCUGUCUCUUGCCUGGUAUCUCCAUAAAGAUGGCGAGGACAAUGCUCAUCCUAUAAUUUCUCUGGACAGAGAUUUCACACUGAACCCAGGCCAGGGGUUUGAGGGGCGAUACCAAGCUGGACUCAUAAGUUUAGAUAAAAUGGGAGAGACCACAUACAGGCUUAAGAUGGCUCAGUUACAGCUUUCAGACCAAGGCAGGAUCUACUGCCAGGCUCAGGAGUGGAUCCAAGAUCCUGACCGCUCCUGGUAUGUUAUCACACAGAAGGAUGCAGAGGAAACUACCCUGAAUGUCAACGCCAGAGAGGUGGUGCCAGACAUGUCUUCUCUGGUGGUGAGAGUCUCGGCACAGCCGACAACUCUGCAGGAGGGGCAAGAGCUAACGUUAUCCUGCAGCGUAGACACACACAACCUGGAGGAAAGGUUCUUCUCUGUAGCCUGGCUCAGGGGAAGUGAUGAGCUGGCCCGCAUUGGCCCUACAGGCAUUCUGUCUGUAGGACCCAAGUAUAGCGUGCGAGCGAAAGAAGGCGAGCUCAGGGCAGCCCGGACGGGAGACAGAGAUUACAGUCUCAUAUUGCAGCCUGUUAGAACUGAUGACCAAGGAGAGUAUAUCUGUAGGGCAUGGCCUCAGGACAGAGGCCAGGAUGGGGCCUUUACACAGGGAGCAGCCAAGGACUCCAUCAGCAAGUUGGUCAACAUCUCAGCCACAGAAAGUGGGCUCUCAGUUGAAAUGCAAAACACUCCGAGUGUGAACGAAGGUGACAGGUUGAAGCUCACCUGUAAAGUGCUUGGGGUCAAAGGUCAGCUCUCCGUCACCUGGCAACAUAGAUCAGCAUCCACCACAACACCCAUGUUCACCACUCUCAUCAGUCUAAGUCAGGAGGGUGUUACGGCGAAAGCGAAGGAGUUCAUGAGUCGCAAAGUAAAGGCAAUGCGUCCAUCAACUGACACCUUUACCCUAGAGCUUGAUGAGGUCACACCUUCUGAUUCAGGUGUCUACCAGUGUACUGUGUCUGAGUGGAAUGCUAAUAGCAAGACCAACAGCCAGUCACAGACUACAACUGUGACAGUGGCUCCUGUGGAUUCAUUUGUGAAAGUGAACCUGAUAAGUCGCAAAACCAGAGUGCCUGUAGGAGAAAAUGUGGAGUUGAUGUGCCGGGUCAGAGGGCCACGCAUACCAUUAACACUGACUUGGAGCCUGCAGCGUGAUGUCUCAACCCUAGAUAACAUUCUGACACUGUACUUUGAUGGUGCCAUCAGCUGGUCUGGAGACCAGCACCGCUACCAGCUGAAAGUAGAGAACAAAAAGAAUGAAGUCAUUCACUACCUUCUUAUCAACGGUGCAAGCCACAGGGAGGCAGGGAGCUACCAGUGUAGCGUGUCUGUCUUUCUGGAGAAUGUACACAAGAAGCUACCUGCAUCCAACCAGGUGGCUGUGAGUGUGCAGAACCCAGGAAAAAACCUGUCCAUUGUAAAGAAAGAAGAGGAGCUGAAUGUGAGCAGUUCCCAGAAUUUCACUGUCCCCUGUCAUAUUGCCAAACAAUCCAGCAUUAAAUCUGUGUUCCAGGUCACGUGGUUUUGGCAGAAAUGGGGAGAAACUGAACCUAGCCCCAUAUUCUCAGUUUACCGAAACUGUACCCUACAAUACAGUGUGGAGAAGGGUGGUUGUCUAAGAUAUGACCACCCUUUGCCCAACCAGUUCAGCCUAACAGUUUUGAAGCCAGGUCCUGAAGAUAGUGGCGUGUAUUUCUGUGCAGUAGAAGAGUGGCUUCCAUCUCUGUCCCAUGGGUGGUGGAAGAUUGCAGAGGAAAUGUCCGGAAAUUGGACUGUCAAUGUCUAUGCAGAAGGACCUGCUAAAGCAGUCUUUGAGCCAGAAUGCAUGUCAGGUACCUGGAUAGGGAUUCUCGUAGCUGUUGUCAUCGGCACACUGUUGGUCAUAUUGCUACUGGUGCUGAAGAUAUGCCGGAGUAAAGGAAAGAAGAAAGGAGAAUCUCUGUGGGCAGAGCAGCCUCUGAACACCAAAGCCAGUGCAGAGGAAUGAAACUCAAAGAGGAAAAAUGCAAUUUAAAAAAAAAAAAGUUGUUUUAUAACUAUAUAAAGUUGUAUUGUAUGUUUGUUUUUUAAUUCAAAGUUCAAUAAUUUGUUUAACUGAAUUAUGAUGAUCUGUUUUAAAAAAAACAAAAACUUGUUUAAAUGUUUUAUACUCUGCAGUGGGGAAUAAUUUUGCCUUUUUUGAAUUAAAUUCAUUAAGCCUUUAAAAUUAAA